GCUCCCCUUAGAUUGUUCUGGCUUCCUUCCAGGGCCACACCCUGCUCUCCCACUUGCCUUUUAUGGCCUGGGCCCGACUCCCACUGCUGCCCUCUAGUGUCGGGCCCCACUGCCCUCAUCGCCCUCCAGGCUGGGCCCUGCUCCACUCCUCGCCCUCCUCUCUCAGGUCCUGCUCUCUUCCUCGAUCCCCAGUGCCAAUGCCUGCUCCCCUCCUCGCCCUCCAGUGCCUGGGCCCCCUCCCAUCGCAGCCCUCCAUGGCUGGGCCCACUGCCCUCAACGCCCUCUAGAGCCAGACCCUGCUCCACUCCUCGCCCUCCAGGGCCUGGGCGCUUCUCCCCAUGCUGCUCUGCAGGGCCGGGCCCCAAUGCCCUCCUCGCCGCCCAGGGCCAGUGCCUGCUCUCCUCCUUGCCCCCCACGGCCUCGGCCUACUCCCCACGCUGCCCACCAAGGCCAAGACCCACUGCCCUCAGCACCUUGUAGGACUGGACCUGCUCCACUCCUAGAUCUCCAGGGAUUGCACUCCACUCCCCACGCUGCCCUCCAGGGCCCGGCCCCACUCCCCUCAACACCCUCCAGGGCCAGGACCAGCUCCCCUCCUCACCCUCCAGGGCCUGGGCUCCGCUCCCCAUGCUGCCCUCCAGGGCCAAAACCCACUCCACACACUGACCUCCAGGGCCGGGCCCCACUGCCCUCAAUGCCCUCCAGGGUUGGACCCUGCUCCAUCUUUGCCCUCCAGGGCCGGGCUCGGCUCCCCACCUUACCUUCCAGGGACUGCCCCAAGCCAUCCAAAGCAGGACCCCACUCACCACCUCAUCUCCCAUGGCCUGGGCCACACUCCACACCUCACCCUCCAGGGCCUGCCCCGCACUACUCAAAGCCGUCCAGAGCAGGACCCCACUCACCAACUCAUCCCCCAUGGCCUGGGCCCCACUCCCCACCUCACCCUCCAGGGCCUGCCCCGCACUGCUCAAUUCGUCCAGAGGAGGACCCCACUCACCAACUCAUCCCCCAUGGCCUGGGCCAUGCUGCCCUCCUCACCCUCCAGGUCUGGGCCCCACUCCCAUGCCAGCCCUCCAGGGUCAUGCCCCACUUCCCUCAAGACCCUAUAGGGCUGGACCCUGCUCCCCUCCUCAAGCUCCAGGGCCAGGCCCCACUCCCCAGACUGCCCUCAAGGCCCAGGCUCCAAUACCCUCAAUGGCCUCCAGGGCUUGUCCCUGUUCCCCUUCUUGCCCCCCAGGGCCAGGCCCUGCUCCCCUCCUGGCCCUCCAGGGCCUGGUUCCCACACCUACACCCCUGGUCACCCUCAUGGACAAGGGCCCUACUCCCAUCCUAGCCCUCCAAGUCCGGGCCCUGCUCCCCUCCUCACCCUCCAGGGCCUGGGCCCUGUCACCUGACGCUGCUCUCCAGGGCUGGGCCCCACUACCCUCAAGGCCCUCCAGGCCCAGACACUGCUGCCCUCCUUGCCCUCCAGGGUUGGACCCACUCACCUCACCCCCCUCCAGGGCCAGACCCUGUUCCCCUCCUGGCCGUCCAGGGCCUGGUCCCCGCACCCCUCUCUCCCUCCAGGGCCUGGGCCCUGCUCUUUUCAAUGCCCUCCAGGUCCAGACCCCAGUGCCCUCAGCUCCCUUAGGGCCAUACCCUGAUCCCUUCCUGGCCCUUCAGGGCCUGAGCCCCACUAUCUCCGCUGCCCUCCAAGGCUGGAACCAACUCCCCUCAAUGCCCACCAAAGCUGGAACUCACUCUCCUCCUCACCCCCCAGGGCUUGGGCUCCUAUCUGCACACGGCCCUCUAGGGCCUGGCCCCACUGCCCUCAACACCACCCAGGGCCGAACCCCACUCCAAGGCCUGCUCUCCUAGGCUGGGCUCUGCUGCACUCCUUGGCCUCCUGGGAUGGGCCCAGCUCCCCUCAGGCAUGGCCUUGUCCAACCUCCAGGGCUGGGGCUCACUCCCAUACUUGCCCUGCAGGGUCAGGCCCUGCUCUGCUGAGGUAUGGCCAUGGCCACACUCCAGCGCCAGUCCCCACUACCCACGCUGCCCUCCAGGGCCAGACCCCACCACCCUCAAUGCCCUCCAUGGCCUGGGGCCUGCUCCACUCCUCACCCCCCUGGGCCAGACCCAGCUCCCCUCCUUGCCCUUCAGGGCUGAGCCCUGCCCUGCUCAAAGCCCUCCAGAGCUGACCCCCCUCUCCUCGUCCUCCCGGCUCUGGGACCUGCUCUACUCCUUGCCCUCCAAGCCUGGUCCCUGCUCCCCUCCCAGCCCUCCACGGUCGGGCCCACUGCCAUCAACACCCUAUAGGGCCAGACCCUGCUGCACUCCUAGACCUCCAGGAUUGGACUCCACUCCCCAUGCUGCCUUGGAGGGCCAGGCCACACUCCUCUCAACACCCUCCAGGGCCAGACCCCGCUCCCCUCCUCACUCUCUAGGGCCGGGCCCCACUCCCCUCCUCACCACCCAGGGCCAGGGCCUGCUCUCCUCCUCACACUCCAGGGCAGGGCCCUGGCCAACUCCCAGCAAUGGACCCUUCUCUCCAUGCGAUACUGAGCAGGGCCUGGCUCCCCUUGGGCACUGAAUUAGCCACCCAUGAGUUCUGGGCCCCACUCCUCUCCUUGCCCACCCGGGCCUGCGCCCAGCACCCAUUGCUGCCCUCCAGGGCCACACCCCACUCCCCUCACCAACCUCCAGGGAUGGACCCCGCUCCCCUCUUUGCCUUCCAGGGCCUGGGUUCAGCUCCCCACACUGCCCUCCAGGGCCGGUACCCACUCCUCUCCCUGAGUGCCUCAUUCUCCCAUGCUUGGUAGCUGCCUGUCCCGGGGAGUACAGGCUGGUCCUCCAUGUGGUUUGAACGUGCAAGUCCCUCCUGUUCUUCAAACCUGUCCUGUGUACGUGCACGGCACUAACUGAUUUGCAUUUAUGAUCUCAUUUCAUCCCACCAGGAGCCCUGUCAUCACUGGAUCGUCUUUCUCUGUGCAACCUGGCUCCUACUACCUCUCUGCCUUGUUAGGGACAACCUUCUCCUCCCCCCACCUCUGGUUCACCCUCCCUCCUGUGCCCUCUGUCCCGAGCCUCCAUGGUCCUCCAUAUUCCUUGUCCCAAUCAUCUGGACGACUCCAACGUAUCUCUGGGGGUCUCCGUGCCCCACCCACUGAUGCGGCCAGAGGCCACCUGGAAAGCAACACCUCGAAGAACACGACUGCCUGCUGGGAGCAGCUGUUCCGCCCAGGUCCAGGGGAGAAUCUUGCGGUUGUACUGGAAGCAUCAGGAUGCAUCCAUUUUACAGGCUCCUAGGAAGCAGGAAGAGGAGGGCCUUAGAGAUGCCCCUUUCCACCCACUCCCAGCCUGCCCAGGAAGGAGCCACAGGAAGGCUACAGCAAGGCCACGUAAGUGCGGCAGCUCAAAGUGGGCACUCAGCAUGAAAGCCAGGAGAACAGGAGGCACCGCUUGGAGGACCCACAUGGUGCUGCAAACCAGGCCCCUCCGUAGACACCACUGCCUGCCUCCUGACUCAGCCCUUGGAUGAGGAUGAACAGUCGCUGAAGACACUUCCAGAGAAUUUUGUGGUUGAGAACUGAAACUGCUCUUUUGACCUGACAACAGAGGAACAACCCGAUACCCAAGGGAAGGAGACUGGACGAUGAGGGACACUCGCGGAGAGGGUGGCAGCACACAUGGUGCUCAGAGUCUCUGGCCCCAAACCCCUGGCUCAGCUGACACUUUCUUGUUGAGAAAAAUAAAGCAGAGGAAAAGAGAUAA